AUGGCAUCAACACGUUCAGAGAAGAUCAAAGAGCUGAAGAUGAAUGAGGAUAUAUAUGCAAAUUCAGGAAUUACAGACAACACAUCAACUCAUUCAGACAACAGCCAUGAUUAUGAGGACAUCUAUGACAAUGAAGAUGAUGUCCCAGAGACGAGUGUGACCAGAAGCCGUAAAGGAACUAGGACCUCAGUUUCCAGAGUCAAUACGGUAGAAAGAAGAUACUACAGACUGGCUGCAGUGUGUCUGGGGCUGCUGUGUGUUCUCCUGCUGACUGCCAUCACAGUGCUGUGGAUCAAGUUCAUCAACCUGACUGCAGAGAGAGACCAGUUACAGACCAAUAAUGAGAACAUGGCAAAUGAGAUGGGCCAAUUACAGAAAGAAAAGGAAACGCUUCAGAAGAAUUUGGCAGAAUUAGAGCAAGAAAAGAAAACUUCCAGUUUCUACUACAUCUCUACUGAGAAGAAGAGCUGGAGUGAGAGCAGAAAGUUCUGCAGAGAGAGAGGAGCAGACCUGGUGAUCAUAAACAGCAGAAAGGAACAGGAGUUCAUCAGUGAAGCAAUUGGCAGCUCUGAAGCUUGGAUUGGUCUGACGGACAUGGAGAAAGAAGGGGUCUGGAAAUGGGUGGACAACUCAAGACUGACCACUGAGUUCUGGGGGACACAGGAACCCAAUGAUUAUGAAGGAAAAGAGGACUGUGCUGUAACUGGAUAUAAAUAUCCUGGAUCUGAACGUUUAUCAUCCUGGGCUGAUUAUUCCUGUAAUUAUCCUGUAGCUGGAAUCUGUGAGAAAAGGAUUUAG